AUGGGGAACAUGGGAAGCAGGUUUCAGUCCUCCAAGGUACCAGAGGAAAGCGGCGAAAGCAGCCGCAAACAUCAGUGCGAAUGGAAGAGGAAACGAAAUACGCAGUGCGACUGUGAAGAUGAGAAGGAGGACGACGACGCCGUUCUCGAUACGCCACGGAGGCAAAAACUGAAAAGCACCUCCAAUUAUAUUUAUCAAACAUUGUUUCUCAAUGGAGAAAACAGCGACAUUCGCAUCAGCGCGCUGGGACAAGAGUGGAACCUUCAUAAAUUAUACCUCUGCCAGUCAGGGUAUUUUUCCAGUAUGUUUAGCGGCUCUUGGAAGGAGUCUAAUAUGAUAGAAAUCAACCUGGAGAUACCUGACCAGAACAUUGACAUAGAAGCUCUGCAUGUCGUCUUUGGAUCCUUGUACCGUGAUGACGUUCUCAUCAAGCCCAGUGGGGUUGUCAGUAUCCUUGCAGCUGCUUGCAUGCUACAGCUGGAUCCUUUGAUACAACAGUGCGGCGAGACGAUGAAGGAAAACAUCAGCUCUAAGACUGUGUGUGGCUACUAUGCUUCCUCUUGCAUCUACGGCUUGGAUUCCGUCAUGAAAAAAUGUCUGGAAUGGCUUCUAAACAACCUCAUGACACACCAAAAUGUGGAGUUGAUGAAAGAAAUUGGAACAGAGUUGAUGGAGCAGCUCAUCCAGUCAUCUGAUCUGUUUGUCAUGCAGGUAGAGAUGGAUGUCUACACUGCUCUAAAGAAGUGGAUGUUCCUCCAGCUCGACCCCUUGUGGGACGGACCCAUCAAGCAGCUUCUGUCCGAUGCCGACGCCUGGCUAUGCAAGCGGAGGACAGACUUGUGUGAGAGGGAGCCCUUCCUAAACACUGAGGAAGGUGCCCCUUUUGCCCGCGUGUUCAAACACGUGCGCCUCCAAUUUAUCGUCAACGACCUCGCUUCCGCACGCAUUUUGGAGAAGGACAACAUUUUACCUUCUGAUUGGUUGUUAGCCGUAUACAAGACACAGUGGUUCGCCAUGUUGCGGACAGAAUUUGACAAUGAUAAUGGCCCUCAGGAAACCAACAAAGAAGAAUUUGAGUUGAGCAGUAUGAGAUGUGGCAGAAAACUGACCAAAGAUGGAGAUUACUGUUGGCGAUGGACAGGUUUCAACUUUGGUUUUGACCUGCUGGUAACCUACACCAACCGCUUCAUCAUCUUCAAAAGGAACACAUUAAGUCAACCAUGUGGGGGCGCUGUGAGCCUGCAACCACGGAGACAUCUGGCGUACAGGUUACGCUUGGCCUCCUUUGACAAUCUUGGCAAGCUGAUGUGUAGCCGCUCUACCGGUUAUCAGCUUCUCACACUUGAGAAGGACCAGGAGUAUGUAGUCAUGAACCUCGACAGCCGCCUGCUGUCCUUCCCGCUCUACGUGUGCUGCAACUUCAUGUACACGUCGCCGUACGCGGACCAGCGCCAGGAGGCAUCGGAGCACGAGGGAAGCGGCCGCUGCAUUUCCUGA